GCGUGGAGUGUCGCUGCAACUCGGUGGUGGAGGAGGUGAUCCAACAGCCAGACCGAGUGCAGGUCAAGUGUCGAGAUGGAUUCCAUCUAUCCAGCCGUGUGGUGCUUUGCACUGUGAGUCUGGGAGUCCUCAAUGCUGGAGAUCUUCGUUUCGACCCACCCCUUCCGGCGCCGAUGCGACAUGCAUUGAACUCCAUGACCAUGUGCAACUACACCAAGACCUUUGUGAAGCUGGAAUCUGCCCUUUGGGUUCAUGAUGAGCACUACAUCGUCCGAGUCGGAAAGCCCUGCGGCCGCCAUGCAGUCUGGCAACCGUUGGCACCGGACAUGGCCAUCGUCACCAACACGGGUGAUGAGGGAAGACGUGUUGAGCAGCUCACUGAGGAGGACUUGAAGCAGGAGUUGGCAACAGCAUUAUCGGAGAUGUACCAAAGCUUCCCGAAGAUCAUCCAGGCAGAGGCCACGAGAUGGUCCUCCGAUCCGCUCUUCCGGGGCUCCUACUCCUUCCUACCCACCGGGUCGAUGCCCGAGGGCUGGGAGGUGAUCAACCAGCGCCAUGGAAGGCUCUUCUUUGCCGGGGAAGCUUUUCAUCCUCGUUGGUCCGGCUACAUGCAAGGCGACAAGCGCGGACAUCAGCAGCGGAAGCGUUUGGCCAAAUUUAUCCUUAUAUACUUGCUUGCACCACAGGAGCGCUGGCUUCUGGAGAAGAUUCAGCUGAUGCCAUUCUGCACAAAGUGGGUCCUGGAAUGGCCCGGCCAGGUGGUGAUUUGCAUCGACAAUAUCUUCUGGACACAAGAGGUGGCUGCCGCCAUUGAGUCUGGAAAGUUGGAAGAGUACCACAAGAAGACUCAAGAUCAGCUCGCUGGCUUGGUGAACCUGGUGCGGGGUGAACUCCCCAAGCUGGGCAGGCAGACACUUGGUGCCCUGGUGACGAUUGACGUCCACAAUCGUGAUGUGGUUCAGAACCUGAAAGAAGCAAAGAUUUCAUCGUCCAAGGAGUUCGAUUGGAUUGCUCAGCUGCGAUACUACUGGCGUCAGAAGGGUUCUAUUACCCUCAAGGAUACUGGAAAGGCCAGCACCGUUGACAAGUGUGAGGUCUCGAUCAUCAAUGCCACACUCUACUACGGCUUUGAAUACCUGGGGAACAGUGACCGACUGGUGAUUACACCUCUCACCGACCGGUGCUACCGCACGCUCAUGGGCGCCUUUCAUCUCUACUAUGGCGGCGGCCCGGAGGGUCCCGCGGGCACCGGCAAGACGGAGUCCACCAAGGACCUUGCAAAGGCGGUUGCCGUGCAGUGCGUGGUCUUCAAUUGUUCGGAUGGGUUGGACUACCUGGCGAUGGGAAAGUUCUUCAAGGGCAUCGCAUCCUCUGGUGCAUGGUGCUGCUUUGACGAGUUCAACCGCAUCAACUUGGAGGUGUUGUCCGUGGUCUCUCAACAGGUGCAAACCAUCCAGUUUGCCAUCAGGGACAAGAAAGACAUUUUCUAUUUCGAAGACACACAGAUCAGGCUAAUUCCAUCCUGUGCCGUGAACAUCACGAUGAAUCCAGGUUAUGCCGGCCGGUCUGAGCUGCCCGACAACUUGAAGGCGUUGUUCCGGCCGUGCGCCAUGAUGGUCCCUGAUUAUGCCCUCAUUGGUGAGAUCGUUCUGUACUCCAACGGCUUUGAAGACGCGAAAAACCUGGCCCGAAAGGCCGUCGGAAGUCUUCGACUGAGCUCCGAGCAGCUGUCGUCACAGGAGCACUAUGACUUUGGCAUGCGCGCGCUCAAGUCCAUUCUGGUGAGGGCUGGUGCCUUGCGCCGCCAGUAUGGAUCGAGUCGUGCAGAGCAGGAGCUGGCGCUCUCCGCGUUGAAUGAUGUGAAUUUGCCCAAGUUUACUCGAAAUGACAUCCCAUUGUUCCUGGGCAUCACUGGAGACCUCUUCCCAGAGGUAGAGUUGCCUCCAUCGGACUAUGGCGUGUUGAUCGAUGAGCUUGAGGGAAGUGCUCGAAGUCUGGUGCUGCAGCCACAACAAGGCUUCAUCAAGAAGUGCAUCCAGUUGUGGGAGACGAUCAUGGUGCGGCAUGGACUAAUGCUUGUCGGCCAAACAGUUUCAGGAAAAACGGAAGUGGAAAAUGUCUUGGCAGCGGCCCUGGCUGCGGUGGCAGAUGGCGAGAACUACCUUCCGGUGCAGAUUCACAAGAUCAAUCCGAAGUCCAUCAAACAGGGCCAGUUGUAUGGCGAAAAUGAUGAAGGAACGCAAGAGUGGACUGAUGGCAUCCUAGCCCUGACGGUUCGCUUCGCAUCCUCUGCCGAGCUGACCAAGCGACAAUGGAUCCUCCUGGACGGGCCAGUCGACGCGGUCUGGGUGGAGAAUCUGAACACCGUCUUGGACGACAACAAAAAGCUGUGCUUGAACAGUGGUGAAAUCAUCAAGCUCACACCGGUCACCACCAUGAUGUUCGAGGUCGAAGACUUGUCGGCUGCCUCACCGGCCACGGUUUCUCGCUGUGGCAUGGUGUUCCUAGAGCAGCUGGAUAUCGGUUGGCAUGUGCUGAUGCUCACAUGGUGCGAACGAUUGCCGGAUCGGCUGAAAGACCAGAGCGCCAUGCUUCAGGAGGUAAUGGAAUUCUCCGUGGACUGCUGCUGGGAGAUGGUCUCCCGAAAGGUCAACAAGCCGGUGCCUGUGAGCUUGAACUGGCUGGUGCUGAAUUUGCUCCACCUCUAUUGGGCCUUGAUCCAGGCAGAGAUUCCUCUCGAUCCAAGCACGAAGGAUCUGCCCACCAAAGAGAAGGAGAGCAGAUUGGAGGCCUUGUACUGGCUCAGCCUGGUGUGGAGCUUCGGGUGUGUCACCGACAGCGAUGGGCGCAUGGUGCUGGAUCCCUUCUUCCGGCGCCUGGCAUCAGGACAAUGCCAUGGCCUCAAGGCGGACUUCCAACUGCUGGGAGAGGAGCCCAUGUCACGCACACCACGUGGUGCGCCAGCAGGAUUUCCAGAGGAGGGGAGCGUUUUCGACUACUUUCCCAGUGGGAACAAGUGGGAGCUUUGGAGCAAGAAGAUCGGUUCCUUCGAAAUCCCCAAGGAUGCUGAGGCCCAUUCGCUGAUCAUACCCACGUCAGAUACAGCAAGGAAUGCAUUCUUGCUCCAGACCAUGAUCAAGGCGGAAUUCCACGUUCUCUUCGCAGGACCUACAGGGACGGGGAAGACGAUUGUGGUCCAGCAGCAGCUUCUCAAGGGCCUUGACCGGGAGAAAUACAGCACCUUUGCCUUUGCCUUCAGUGCACAGUCCAGUGCCAAUCAGACACAGGAUGUGAUUGAUGGAAAGCUUGACAAGCGGAAGAAGGGCUGCUAUGGUCCUCCCUUUGGGAAGCGAUGCCUCGUCUUCGUCGAUGAUCUGAACAUGCCAGCCAAGGAGAAGUGGGGUGCACAGCCGCCCAUUGAGCUUUUGAGGCAAUGGAUGGAUACCAGCGGCUGGUACGAGCGAAAGACCUGUGAGUUCCGGCAACUGGUGGAUUUGAACUUCAUUGCCGCGAUGACGCCGAGUGCUGGACGACCACAGAUUACAGCUCGAUAUCAGAGGCACUACAACUAUUUCUACCUUCUGCCCUUCCAGGGAGAAAGCCUCCAGCGCAUCUUCCAGACCAUCAUGCAAUGGUUUCUGGGCAAGUUUCCCAGCCAGGUGAGCGGUCUGAGUGGCACAGUGGUGCGAGCGACAGUGGAUGUGUACAACACGAUUUCUGCGAACAUGCUGCCGACACCUGCGAAGUCGCACUACACCUUCAAUUUGCGAGACCUGGCAAAGGUGAAUCAAGGCAUUUGCCUUUGCAGCAAAGAAUCGCUCCCGACGGGUGACGACUUCAUCAAGUGCUGGGUGCAUGAAUGCCAGAGAGUUUUUCAGG